AUUGGUCGUUUCAAGCUGACAGACGCCCAGGUUCAGAACAUGUUGAAGAAUACUCCUAGCCGCAAGAAGUCCACCAAGAACCUCUUCCGCUCUAUCAUGGACAAAGGUAUCGUGUCUUACACAGAAUACCUGUUUCUCCUGUGCAUCCUCACAAAGCCACGGGCUGGUUAUGAGAUUGCAUUCAAGAUGUUUGACAGAGAUGGUAAUCACCGCAUCGAUCGCAAAGAAUUCCUUCUGAUGGAGGAGAUCUUUCGUAAGAAGUCCCAGUCCAGUGGGGAGUCAGGCUCAGUGAGUUGGCUUAGCCAAUACGCCACCGAUCCAGAUUCUCCUGCCAGCUGUGAUUUCAAACCGGGUGAAGUGCCGUUGACUGAUUACAUGAAUUCGACUGUGUGGGACCAACUGAAGAUCAACGAAACAACCCUUCUUCGAUAUUUCUUUGGACCAAAAGGAACAGACACGCUGGACUACAAGACAUUUGCAAUGUUUAUGGACAAUCUGCAGACGGAGGUGCUUGAACUGGAAUUCUAUGAGUUCUCUCGAGGGAUGCCCAGCAUCGGUGAGGCCGAGUUUGCUAACAUCCUCCUGCGCUACACACACCUGGAAGAUGCAGAGUUGGAGGAGUACGUGCAGAGGGUCAGAGAGCGCAUGCCAGAAGAAAAGAUGAAUUUCGGUGAAAGAGGUAUCUCUUUUGAGAGCUUCACAGAAUUCUUUCAGUUCAUCAAUCAUCUGGAUGAUUUUGAGAUUGUUCUGAGGAUGUACACGUUCGCUGACCAACCCAUCACUCAAGACGAGUUCUGCAGAGCUGUGAAUGUCACUACUGGUCAGAAUCUUGAUGAGCACAUAGUGCAUACAGUAUUUCAGAUCUUUGAUAAAGACGGUGAUGGCAAACUGAGCCAGAAGGAGUUCCUAGGAGUGAUGAAGAAUAGAAUACAUAGAGGGUUCAGAGAACAUCUGAAGAAGCCGGCUGGCUGGGAAGGUUUCAAGGCUUGUGUGCGUAAGGAACUCAAACACAACAGCUAAGAGUCAAGAACAAGAGAUGCAAUCUUUCUCUUUCAAAUUCAUGUAUUUAUAAGAUUUUCAACUUUAGAUCUGGUUAUAUUGAAUGAUUCUUAUUAUGUGUGAGAUUAAUGAUACUUAAGUUUCAAGGCUUGUGAACGUAAAGAACUCAAACACUCCAGCCAAGAGGUAUCAACUUCAAGAUGUUAUUUUUGUUCCUUCAUGUUCAUUUAUUGAAAAGACUUUCAGCUUUAGAUCUGGUUAUAUUGAAUAAUUCUUAUUAUUUGUGAGAUUGAUGAUACUCUAGUAUUAAGGCUUGUGAACAUAAUGAACUCAAACACACCAGCCAAGAUGCAUCAAACCAAAAACUUCAAGAUGCAAUCUUUUUCUAUCAGAUUAAUUUAAUAAUAAGAUUUUCUGCUUAGACCUGGUUAUAUUGAAUAAUUCUUAUUAUGUGUGAUACUAAGAUACUCAUAUUACUUAAUAGUAUUAUGGCUUGUGAACGUAAAGAAUUCAAACACACCAGUUAACAGUCAUCAACCCAACAACUUCAAGAUGCAGUCUUUUUAUCCUAUCAGAAUUCAUUUAUUUUAAAGAUUCUCAGCUGUAGACAGUUU